CUGUGGUGAGUCAACCUAGCUAAUAACUCUAUUUGGCAUUAGGUUCCAGGGGAAGCAGAGCGAGAGCAGGGAAUGAUGAAUAACUGCUUGAUUGUGCACAUCCCAGACAAGGAGCCACAUGACCUUCACCAUCAACCGACUGAGUGUGUUUUUGCUUCGGCCAUUGAUCCUAAGCAUGCCAACCAAAUUGUGAGGUGCUUGAAUCAGAUAGCACCGCUUGAAGAUCUCCGGCAUGUGAAACGAAUUCAGAAGAAGGUUCUUGAAGAAGGACAAAUACAGCUAUUGGUGAUCUUGUGUCUGGCCUCUGAAGGCAACAAUCAAUUGGAUAGUAUGCCACCUCAUCUUCAGGAGUUGAUCAGUUCCUAUCAGUUGAGUCCUUUUAUCACAAAAGUCUGCAAAUAUGCUGCAACAUCUAAAGAAGAGUGGCAAGAGCAAUGCAAAUUUUGGCCAACAUCAUACCACCCAAGGACUUACAACAUUGAUGGCAUUACUGGAUUUAGCGAGGAGGACUCACGAUCAGUUUUGAAGUUUAUGCAAUCAGCUGUAGAGUUGGCAACAUCUGACGGCUUGGUAGUCAACGCUGCAGUGAUAGUGGAUCCUUCAACUAAGCAAAUAAUUUCAACUGCAUGUGAUCAGAUUUUUGCUUGGAACACAUGCAAAGACGACAGCUGCUAUAGAAAGCCAGAAUUAUGUAGUUCCCGUACUAUUAUUUAUAGUAAAUGUGAUCCCCAUGAAAAAUUGCAUUCAAACAGUCCCUCCAAUCAGCUUAAACAACCAUAUACAGGUGUUGCUUGUUUAUAUCCUCGGCAAUGGGCUGAGCAAAAAUCUCAUCCACAGAGUUCAUAUUAUUGGCACCCUCUGCAACAUGCUGCCAUGGUAGCUAUAGAAUCAUCUGCUGCCAGGGAUAGAUGCCUUUUUCCCAGAGAGGAGAACAGUGAAGCCAAAUAUCUGGAAUUGGAUAGCGAGAAUUCUUCUUGGACUAGCUCUCCUGCAAAGAGACAGAAAACUGCGUGUGCAAAUGGUGAGGAUGUCGAGAAAUUGAAUGCUCACGGUCAGGGUGAUCAUUCUCAGACUUCUGAUCAGCCACCAACACGACCGUACUUAUGCACUGGUUAUGACAUAUAUCUUAUUUGGGAACCAUGCCCAAUGUGUGCAAUGGCCCUCGUCCAUCAGAGAAUUAGGCGAAUAUUUUAUGCGUUUCCAAAUCCUAAAGCCGGUGCCUUGGGUAGUGUUCACAGAUUACAAGGAGAGAAAAGCUUAAAUCAUCAUUAUGCUGUAUUCAGGGUUUUGUUACCUGAAGAAGUCCUGCAUAAGUGUCAUACUUAAGUUGCAGAGCCAGAGACUAUUUAUUAGUGAAUUUUGAAUGGUAAUUUGCGAAUUGUUAGAACGACUUUCUGAUAUUACUUGAUUGAGAAAGGCUAACUAUACUCUCAUACAUCAUUAAUAUAUCAUUUGUCAUUAGUUGAAA